AUGGGAGGUACUGGUUCAUUAGGAAUUGCAACCGUUUCAAAGACUGGUCAAUUAGUAAAGGAUCCUUACUAUGUUGGUCCAAUCGGUACAACUUAUGAAUGGUACACUACUUCAUACCAAUAUGAAAGUGGUCGUGACUCUGUCUAUCUUGUAGUAUCGGGUCCACAAAUAUUUGUCUAUGAUUUCGAGAAUUCCAAGACUGAUGAUCUCGAUCUUUCCAUGAACGGCCGAUACAAUAUCCCAAGUGGUUGUUUUGAUGGUCACAAUAACUACUAUUUCAUGGAAAUCAAUGAUGAUGAUUAUAGUCAAUUCACAUUAUCAUCCUAUUCGUUUGCAGAUGAACAACAAUCCGACAAUGUCAACGUUACUGGUAUUUCAGCCAACUCUGAUACCUACCUUUACUGUUCCAACAAACAAGUCUAUGCUCUUGCCUAUGAUACCAUCAAUCCUACCAAUAUGUCGUUAUACCUAAUCGAUACCAAUCAAGAUUGA